GAAACUGCAACAAUCGUUGUGGCAUGCAGUAAGAGGUUCCGCGUCGAAGCAGCACCACAUCACCAGAGUAACCAGUAACCAACAGCCAGUAGCACCUAGCCACCUGGAGAAGUGACAAAACCCGAAACGGAUAUAGCCGAAAUAAGCCGCCCGAAAAUGCAGUCCACUUGUGUGUUAGUGGUCCUCUUGGCCCUGGCUGCCCUGGUGUCCGCUCGUCCAGAGCCGCCUCGUGACUCGUACAGUGCGCCCCCCUCCAGCAGCUACCAGCCCAGUGGAACCAGCGGGGGCUACGGCGCCCCUGCGCCCCAGUACGGACCCCCCCAGCAGGCGCCGGUGGUCCACAAGCACGUCUACGUCCAUGUACCCCCACCAGAGCCGGAAUACCAGGCACCCAGGAAACCCCUGUACGUGCCACCUCCGCAGAAGCACUACAAGAUCGUGUUCAUCAAGGCGCCAUCUCCACCUGCCCCGACCGCCCCUGUAAUCCCGCAGUUCCCACAGAACGAGGAGAAGACCCUGGUGUACGUGCUAGUCAAGAAGCCGGAGGAGCAGCCGGAGAUCAUCAUCCCAACGCCAGCUCCCACCCAGCCCAGCAAGCCGGAGGUGUACUUCAUCCGCUACAAGACCCAGAAGGAGGAGACCGGACCCUAUCCCAACAGUGUGGCGCCUCCAGCGCCCGAGUACGGAGCUCCAGCUGCCCCGCCCGCACCCUCUGCUCCCAGCAGCUCGUAUGGGGCACCAUCCCACUAGACGAUCCAGUCCAAUCCGAAUUCCGAUUUGCUUAUCUCAACCCAACUCAUGGCAAACUGCAUAUCUUAUGUGUACUGUAUUAUUUUCUGUUUCAACGACCUUAACGUGUGACAAAGUUUACCAAGCAACGAAUAUCCCCCAUCCCCCCA